UUAGUGAUAACCUUUGCACUUGAUCUUACGGCGUCUGAAAAACAGCUGACUUGAAUUUACUUUAUUGUAAUUAUUGUCGUACGUUGUUACCUCAACAUAUGCAGUGUGUCUCUGUUAGUCUGUGACUUGUGUUGUGUUGAUGUUAGCACCACAAAGUCAGUAGUUGUCAAAACAAUUUUAAAUUUCAAAAACUUCUGACUUAUUAAAAAAAAGAAUGACCAGCGCUGAAGUUUCAGAGAUUUUAUCUUAUUUGCCAGAUUGCAAUGGUAAAGUAGUAGUAGAGCUUGGAGCUGGAACUGGUAAUCUCACUUCUGAAUUAGCAAAAAAAGCAGAGAAGGUUAUAGCAAUUGAUAAUUCUGAAGAUCUUAUUUCGAAGAACAAAGAAGUCAAUCAACAUUUAGAGAAUGUUGUAUUCACCGUUAGUGAUGUAACAAAACUAAAUUUAGAUAAUGAGAGUGUAGAUAUAAUAGUAGCUACUAAACAAGUAUUCACUUUAGAAGACAACCAAGUGCAAAGUGUUUUCCAAAAUUUUUUAUCUUGGUUACGUCCAGAUGGCUAUUUAUUCUUUGUAGAAACCAGCAAGUCUAAAAGUGAUGUGGACUCUUCUGGGCACAAUAUACCAAUACGGGAGAUAGAAGUUUAUGAGGCUUUCUAUUCAUCAGUCUCAGUACCAUGUGACUCAGAUAGUUUCUAUGGUUUUGAUCUUGUUUUAUCAAGAACUUCAGAAGCUACUUUAAAGGAAGAUGGUGAUUGUGAUAUGAUCUGGUUAUUAGAGAAAGUAAAGAAAGAUAACUCUCAAGCCCAUGGUUUCCAAAGUUUUAGAGAGUUCCUCGACAAGAAACAGUACUCAACAAGAGGUAUACUUCUUUAUGAAAAGAUUUUUGGAAGAACUUUUGUCAGUACUGGUGGAAUAGAUACAACUAAGGAAUUUCUACAAUUACUCAAUUUGCAAAAAGGCCAAAAAGUUUUAGAUGUUGGUGGUGGAAUAGGAGGUGGUGCAUUUUAUAUGGCAAAGACCUAUGGUGUGAAGGUAGUCAGUGUUGACCUUUCAUUUAACAUGACACAAAUUGGACUGGAGAGAGCCAAAGAAGUUGGCUGUGGUCCAGAUCAAGUUGUCUUUGAAAUAGCUGAUGCCACAAAGAGAGAAUAUCCAGCGGAGUCAUUUGAUGUUGUCUACAGCCGCGAUGUUAUACUACAUAUUGCAGACAAAUUGUCUCUGUUUAAAAAAUUCUUUAAAUGUUUAAAGUCUGGAGGAAAAGUUCUCAUCUCAGAUUACUGCUGUAGUCCCAAUAAACAUUCAGAUUUAUUUAAAGCUUAUGUUCAACAGAGAGGCUAUAAUCUUCUAUCACCUGCUGCUUAUGGAAAAGUUUUAGAAGAAGCUGGCUUUAUCAAUGUGAAAGCUGAAGACAAGACACAACAGUUUGCAGACAUUUUAAAAAUAGAAAUUGAGAGGACAGAAAGUAAUAAAGAGGAGUUCAUUAAGCAGUUUGAUGAAGACGGCUACAAUUAUAUUGUGGAUGGCUGGAAAGAAAAACUUGUCCGUGUGGAACUAGGAGAUCAGAGAUGGGGUCUCUUCUAUGCCGAGAAACCUUGAGCUCCUUUGAGAAACAUUUUUUAUCUGUGCAGUAGGUCAUUUUUUAAAUGAAUGGUUCAUUUGUAUGUGUUUCUAAAAUAAAAUGUUUUUUUUUUUUUUUUGUUGAAAUAGCUUUUAGAAAUCAAAAGGUUUUAUUAAAGAAGUGCUUGAAGGUAACUGUGCAUGACUGAAAAAAAAUGUUCAUAUCAAACUGUUGUCAUUAUAUUGAUCCUGUUGUUUUAGAAUGUUGCUUUAGGGAUAUUGAAAAUGGGCAUUUAUUUUUACAAAGUGUUGAUUUAUAUACAAACUCAUUUGUGAGUUAAAUGAACGGGAAACAAUUUACAUUUUUAAAAAUAUUUAUCCAUGUCAUUAUUGUAAUUUAUAUUUACAUAACAAUUGACUUUCAAGCCUUGAUGCAAUAAAUUCCUUUUAGAAUGACAUAUUUUAUAAAUUUAAAUUCCACUGUAAAUUUUUGAGUAUUUCUAUACAAGUCUUUACAGUAAAGUUAUACAUCAACUUAAAACAAGGUUUUGUUAUUUUGUUUUUUUAUUUGUUUUUCUUGAUUUAAUUCAAGCAAUAAAGUACUCAGCAUCAAAGUUUUUUAAAAUUAAAAUCUACACUCCACAUCACAGUAUAAGUAUAAAUCUCAUGCUAAUGAAAACUCAUCCAUCUAGCAAGCUAUUUGUUAAUGUUGAUGAUAAAGAUAAACUGUAAAAGUAUGUUCACAUAAAAUAAAUGCUAUGGCUGUUUUAAUUUUUUCGUAUGAAAUAAAACUACCAAAACAUGGUUUCAUUAUAAUAUGGUUUCAGCAAGAAUUAUAACAAUUUGAAAAUAUUCACAACUAAAUGUUCUACAAGACUUCAAACACAUAUGAACCCAUGGCAGCAUUUAUAACAUAUUACAACUGUGUUCUCCAAUUAAAAAAAAUAUUUAGUUAUCUUCCAAAUGCAUUAGUUGGUAUCCGAAUUUAGCUUUUAUAGAUAGAAGAAAAAAGUUGCGUAUUUACAGGGCACUGUUAGAUUAUGAAGCUUUUUAAAUUGCUUGAUUUUUAUACCGGUACUACAAUAAAUAACAAUAAGGCAUUGUCUUCAAGUCUGAAAAUUAAGGAAAAGUGGGGUAUUUAACUAUGCAGUUGUCUGCCAGAGUUCGCAUAUUAAAAUAUUUUUUUUUUGUCUGCUUUUAUUCUAUAAUCAUUAAAAAACUACACACCAUCUGUUUCUAGCUGUUGAUAAUAAACUUUGUUUAAUUCAACUUUA